UCUGCAAUCUAAUUUGACAGGAUUUAAGCAAUUGGAAAUCCUCAACUUCAGGAAUGGUAGUGUUGUGGUGAACAGCAAGAUGAAAGUAGAAAAAGAUGUGCCACAUAACCUGACACAGGUCGUUCACUGUGUGCUAGAAGACUUCUGCAACGCUGCAUCCAAACGACUAGACAUUGAGAUUGACAGUCGCUACCUGGACAUAGAACCUGCUGACCAAGCAGAUCCCUGCAAGUUCUUGGCCUGCAAUGAGUUCUCCCAAUGUGUGGUAAACAGUUGGACCCAGGAGGCCGAGUGUUUGUGUGACCCUGGCUACAGCACUACGGACGGUCUGCCCUGCCAGAGCAUUUGUAACUUGGAGGAAGAAUACUGCUUCAACGGGGGCCUWUGUGACAUCAUCCAGGGUCAUGGAGCCACCUGCAGAUGUCCUGUAGGGAAAUACUGGCACUAUCACGGAGAGCGCUGCAAUGAGCUGGUGUCGCUGCCUGUAGAUCCAGCCAUUUUCAUAGCCUGCCUGGUGGGAAGCCUCACCUUGGUUUGUGCCAUCAUAGGCAUCUUGGUAUUCAUAAACAAGAAAUGUUUCGGGAACCGAAAGACUGUGACUUUGGUGCAUACAAUUGCUCCCUAUGCCUUUGAGAACACAUUGAGAGUGAACCCUGUUUUUGAAAAUGACGAUGGCAUCUUAACUCAAGUAUCCAGCAUAAGUACACCAGCACCCUCGAGUAGCGGUGCUGGUUCUUCCCAAACAUCCGAGCAAGAAGGUUUUCGCGCUAUUGAAAAUAUACAUCUAAGUAUUGAGGUAAUCUGUAUAGCUCAAUUGGCCCCAUAUUCUAAACAAACUAAUACCACUAAUCCAAACCGUAUGCAAACAUCACCUAAUGUUUACUAAUUCCGCUUAUGACAAAUAACCAUUUCGAUUCACAAGAAACAACCUUCUAUCCUGGCUAUAGUAAGAACAGGGCUAUAGUAAGAACAGGGCUAUAGUAAGAACAAGGCUAUAGUAAGAACAGGGCUAUAGUAAGAACAGGGCUAUAGUAAGAACAGGGCUAUAGUAAGAACAGGGCUAUAGUAAGAACAGGGCUGACAAAACAAGAAGAAUGACAGCUUCUUUGUGAUUAAAAGUAAAGCUUUAAUGAAGUAAAGUACUCACAUAGGUUCUGUGGUACAUCUUAAAAACGUCCAGAACAGAUGACAUAACAAAGGCUCAGAGAGCACGAUGCAUUGCCUGAGGAAGACCAGUCGGCUGAAACCCGGUGCGUUCUGAGUAUUUCUAAUAUUAUCUGUUCUGUUCUUUUUUGAAAAUGCACCACAGGUAAAUCACAGUACUUUUCUUCAUUACAUCUUUAUUUUUGAAUCGCCAAAGAAGCUCUCCUUGCUUUUACUUUGAAUGAUCAGCUCUCCUGCGCUCCUUUUUUUCCUUUCCACUCUUAUGGGAUGGUUAGUUCCUUCAACAAAUUCUGAAGGAACGCGUUUCUACUCCAUAGUACAGUGAGGUAUACUUUCAUACCCUAAAC